AUGUCGGGCAUCGGCUCAGGGUAUGACAAUUCGGUCAGCACCUUCAGCCCAGAUGGACGCGUGUUCCAGACGGACUACGCCCAGAAAGCAGUAGACAACAGCGGCACGGUGGUGGGCAUCAGAUGCAAAGACGGCGUGGUCCUGGGCGCCGAGAAGCUGAUCAUCAGCAAGAUGCUGGUGGAGAACUCCAACCGCCGCACCUUCCCCGUGGACCGGCACGCCGGGGUGGCGACCGCGGGGGUGGCCGCCGACGGCCGCUCCAUCGUGAGUCGGGCCAUGAGCGAGGCCAACCAAUACAAGUCCUUCUACGGAGACCCCAUCCCGGGCCACGUGCUAGCGGAGCGGCUGGGCUCCUACGUGCACGUCUUCAACCUGUACUGGUACGUGCGGCCAUACGGUGUGUCCACGCUGCUGGCCACCUACGGCAAGGAGGGGCCCCAGCUGUACCUGGUGGAGCCCUCAGGCACCAGCCAUCGCUACUUCGGCACGGCGGUGGGCAAGGGGCGGCAGGGCGCCAAGAACGAGAUUGAGAAGCUGAAGCUGGAGGAGAUGAGCUGCAGGGAGGGCAUCCAGGCGGUGGCCAAGAUCCUGCACCAGGUGCAUGACGAGGAGAAGGGCUUUGAGCUGGAGCUGGCCUGGAUCUGCGAGGAGAGCGGGCGCCAGUUCCAGCGCGUGCCACAGCAGCUGGCAGAGGAGGCGGAGGCGGCAGCCAAGGCGGCGUUGGAAGCAGAGGACAUGGAUGAUUGAGGGGUGUGCGGGGCACGAGCGCCCCUUC